UCCGGAUUGCCCGCUCUACUCUGCCCGAUUGGCUCCUGGGCAAAAUGGCCAUGGAGCCCAAGAAGAACGGUGGGCCGGUCCAGAAAUUCUGGGAUGCGCCCGAAGUCAUCAAGGCCUUGGAAAGCGUCAAAUCCUGGUUGAGUCGCAAUGCCAAGAAGCACGUAGCGAGUGACCCGCCCACCGCCAAAUCCUUGUCGCAGCUCAUCUCGCAGAUGAUUCAGUUCCAGGAGGAUCAUCUGGGUAAAGGCGCCAAAAGUCCGCCUUUUACACGAUUGCCCAUCCGAUUAUUCUUGAACUUUCUCCCGGAUGGCCCGCUGUGCCACAUUUUGGCGGCCAUGUACAAGUUCAAGCACGAGCAAGCUUGGCGUCGAUUCGAUCUGAGUUCGCCGUCGCGGAAAGAGGCCAACCUCCAGAUGUGCACCAAAGUCGAGGAGGCCCUGAUCGAGCAUGAGAUGCACAUGCUACCCAAGCUAUUUUUGCGCAAGGAGCUGGACAAAGACGAUAAGGACAAGGUCAAGGAAGUGGCUCAGAGGCGCGGUUUGACGCUCACCGAGGACGAAACUGAGGCCACUCACAUCUUGUAUCCGGCGGCCGAAGGCGACACCGAAAUCUAUUGCCGACCCGUCUUUAAGAAGGGCGACAAGUGCAUGGUCCACUUUUACCGCAUGCCGGAAUCGCGCGACAAUUACGGAACGUGCUAUCCACCCGAGGAGAAAGAGCCCAUGGAAUUUGGCGAAGAGCCCAUUCGCGAAGAACAGUAUCACGUCAGCCUCGAGUGGCUCAUGGAAAUGGAGGAGUACAACGAAUUCAUGACCGAGGAGGACUUUGAAGUCGAUGAGACCGGUGAGCCUAAGUUGAACGAGUUGAACCUAGGUUAUGAAGAGUUCUCCGCCUGCGAAGAGAAGCCCCUCAAGAAAAAGGGUUCUAGCAAGCGCACGCGUUCACCCUCGCCCUCGCCCACACCCAAAUCAUCGCGCAAGGGCAAAAACAACAGCGGGGGCGGUCGCUCAACUAGUAAGAAACCGCGAACGUUGGCCGAUGAUGACGACGAUGACGACCUGACCCAGGACCUGGAUGAUCCCACCCCCGACCAAAGCAUCACCGAGAUCAAAAUCACCUCGGGCAAUGCGGGUAAGGCCGAUAUGCAAACCAGUCGAGGGGGCGGUAGCACCUAUAUGGACAUGGAUGAAAAAUCCCAAGACUCGCAGCGGUCCAUGGAUCGUGAGGGUCGUCGGAACGAAGAAGACAAGGAGGAGAACGACGAUAACGUCACCGAGCAGACCCAUCACAUCAUCGUGCCCUCGUAUAGCGCUUGGUUCGAUUACAACGGCAUCCACACGGUCGAGAAACGAGCGUUACCCGAAUUCUUCAAUGGGAAGAACAAAAGCAAAACGCCCGAAGUGUUCAUCUCGUACCGGAACUUCAUGAUUGACACCUACCGCCUGAAUCCCACCGAGUACCUGACCAGCACGGCCUGUCGUCGCAAUUUAGCCGGCGAUGUGUGCGCCAUCAUGCGCGUUCACGCUUUCCUCGAGCAAUGGGGUCUGAUCAACUACCAGGUGGAUAUUGAUGCUAAACCCACUCUGAUGGGCCCACCCCCGACGUCGCAUUUCCACCUCUUGGCCGACACCCCGGCUGGUUUGCAGCCAGUGAAUCCGCCUAAGACGGCCCAACCUUCAGCCGCUCGCACCAUGAUCGAUUUAGAUGGGAAACGCGUGGAUCGCUCUUCUGGACAGGGCGAUGAAAGCGAUGACAAGAAGAAGCCAUCGGACAUCGCCAUUGGCACCGAGUUCGGGCUCAAAACCGAUCAGUAUGACAAGAAGAAUGCCGCGCUCAAACAGUCUACGGCUGCUGUGGCAUCCAGAGAUUGGACCGAGCAGGAGACGUUACUCUUGCUCGAGGCUUUAGAAAUGUACAAAGACGAUUGGAACAAGGUCUGUGAACAUGUCGGUUCGCGCACCCAGGAUGAGUGCAUUCUCCACUUCCUGCGCUUACCCAUCGAGGAUCCCUACUUGGAAGAUCCGGCCCACGGGGGUGGAGCUUUGGGUCCAUUGGCAUUCCAGCCCAUUCCUUUUAGCCAAGCCGGCAAUCCGAUCAUGUCCACGGUGGCCUUUUUGGCGAGUGUAGUGGAUCCCCGAGUAGCUUCCUCCUCGGCCAAAGCCGCGAUGGAGGAGUUUGCGCGGAUCAAGGACGAAGUGCCCUCGGUCAUCAUGGACGCCCACAUGAAGAACGUUAAAGAGGCCGUGGAUGACGGCUCGGAGACGCCUGCCCAAACGGGAUUAGAGAAAUCGGGAAUAGCUGGAACUGCCGCGGAGAAAGAGGACACGAAAGAUGAAGAGGAGAAGAAAGAAGAGGAGAAAAAGGACGGUGAGAAAUCGACCGCGGAAAAGAGUGACAAGAAAGAAGAGCCCAUGGAAGUAGAUCCGUCCGCCGCCCGUAAGAAGGAUGAGUCCAAGGCUGAUAGGGAGAACCAAGAGAAGACCGAGAACGAAAAAGCCAAGGGUAAAAAAGCAGAGGUCCCGCAAGAUCGACUCAUCAAAGACGGCCAACUUCAAUCGGCCGCAGCCACAGCUUUGAGUGCAGCGGCAGUCAAAGCCAAACAUUUGGCUGCCGUGGAAGAGCGCAAGAUCAAAUCGCUAGUGGCUCUUUUGGUGGAAACCCAGAUGAAGAAACUCGAGAUCAAACUACGGCAUUUUGAGGAGUUGGAAACGAUCAUGGAUCGAGAGAGGGAAGCGCUCGAGUACCAACGUCAGCAACUCAUACAGGAACGUCAGCAAUUCCACCUGGAGCAACUCCGAGCGGCAGAAUUUCGGGCUCGCUCAGCCGCACAGCAAAAGCUCUCCCAAGAAUCUGCCACGGCCGGAAGCUCAGCCGCCCCGUCUCCUUUGGCUGCCGGGGCAGUGCCAUCUACUGCCGGCCCGCCGCUCGGUACUGCGCCGGCCGCUCCCAUGGCCAGCAUGGCCGCACCUCCUCCGGCGCCAGUCCCAACUGGGGUCAAAUAAGCCAAAACGGGCAAUCUUCUAGCAUGUACAUUCUAGCUUAGAUCUAUUUCUCCCCGAUAAUUUACUCUUCUGUCCCGGAAAAUGUUACUGCUGGUUUUCUUGUAAGAUUUUGAAUACAUUGACCCCAAAUGACAGCGGUUUUUUUUUUGUAUGAUACGCAUUUUUUGUCCUUGAAUAAAUGUUCCAAAAUAUCGAUAA